GCAAGUCGACGGUACAGGGGCAUUCAUUGAUUGGACGGCGGACGGAUAGCGCACGUUAUCGAGGCCAUUGGGAGGUCAUUAGCACAAAGCGUUCGAGCAAGCACCUUUGAAAAUGACCGACGUGGUAGCAUUUUUGGGCAAGCCCGCGACCAUCUUGCGCAUCGUGGAGCUGAUUUUUGCCAUUAUUGUGUUUGGAACAUUGGCCGACAAUGGCACCAUCAAGUUGGGUGACAAGGAGGGCAGCAUCUUCAACAACAAAAUGCCACCUCUCAACUUUGGCAUUGCCAUUGGCGUGCUCGGGUUUUUGGAUGCCACCGCCUGGCUUUGCGUCAGUUUCCUGCACCACACCUCGGGUCUCCUCAAGCCUUACAAGCCCACCGUCAACUACGUGCGCAUCGGCCUCGACUUCUUCUUCUCGUUGAUGUUUAUGAUUGCUGGCGCGGCUCUGGCGGCACAGUGGAACAAAGUUAGCUCUGAUGCCAAGGACGCGAUUGGCAGCAAGUACCUCAAUGCGGCUCGCACCGCCAUUGCCUUUAGCUUUUUCCUGUGGCUCCUCUACAUUGCCUCGGCAUACUUCAGCUACACGGAGCUUUCCGAGCCAGAGGAGGAUUACG